AUGGUGUUGUUCAGCCUGAAAGUUUAUAUCAGCACAGGCGACACAGUUGAAAGGUUAAGCCCGACGGCGCAAAUUCCCACGGAAGAGAAAUUAGCUCUCACAGCCGAAAACAGUGAUCCAGCGGUGGAUUUAUCCGAGGAUUCUAAACAGGAAGGUAAAUCCACCUACACUGUGGAAGAGGCGAUUGACAAGCUCGGUUAUGGACCUUUUCAAGUAAAACUUAUGUUUGUUAUUGGAUUGGCCUGGAUGGCAGACUCUAUGGAAGUGACAAUCCUGGCGAUUGUGUGUCCCGCCAUCAGAUGUGACUGGAAUUUGGCCACUUGGCAAGAAGCCACUAUUACUACGGCCGUUUUUUCUGGGAUGACAGUAAGCACCUGUUUAUGGGGCUACGUCUCGGAUAACUUUGGACGAAAGAAGGAAGUCCUGGCUUGUACUAUCGUCGUUUUCUCCGGCGGACUACUGAGUACAUUUGCGCCAAACUACUUUUGGAUCAUGGCGUUCAGUACCGUGGUGGGACUGGGUAUGGGGGGCGUGGCACAAUGCUGCGUCAUUUUUGUUGAUUACAUACGAUCAGUUAUCUCAGUAGAACCCAAUUUAUCAUGGUCCCUUGGAUCCUGUUUGGAAAUUCUCGUUGCACUGGUGGUCAUGCCCACCCUAGGGUGGAGAUGGCUGUUCUUUAUCUCUUGCAUACCUCUGCUUCUUUUUAUAUGUUGUUGCAAGCUCGUCCCAGAAUCUCCUCGAUUUUAUAUGGCUGCAGGCAAGCCAGAGAAAGCUUUGUGAAUUCUGCAAAAGAUUGCCAAAGAAAAAAAUAAGGAGGUGCCUCCGGGAGAAUUAGUCGCUACCGAACAACAGGAGGUUGCGCGGGGAAGGAUAACAGAUCUAUUUUCUCCUGAAUUCCGAAGAUCUACUAUUUUAUUAUGGAUUAUUUGGUUUAGUAGUCAUUUUGUGAUAUACGGAAUAGCGCUUAUAACGACAGAAAUGUUCUCAAGAGUAGACCUGUGCAGAGGUAUCAAUACAGAAGGGGUUCAUACUGCAGAGGAAGCUCCCUCUGAUACUUCUCACUGCAAACAGUUAGAUUAUGAGGACUACGGCAAUUACUUCAUUGUAAUGUCCGGUGAUCUCUUAGGAUUAGUGUUUAUAUUUUUCAUGGUGGACAAAAUAGGUAGGAAAAUGGUUCAAUUCGUGGCUUUCUUGGGAAGUGCAAUCUUUCUAGCAGCCUUGUUCAUUUGCACAAGAAGUCGGUCAUCGACCACGCUGUUUUUGUAUGCCUCCCGUAUGUUUAUCAGCAUUGCUGACAUGUGCGGUUAUGUAUACACACCGGAGGUGUAUCCCACGAGUAUGCGCGGCAUCGGGUUGGGCGCAUGCUCAGGUGCGGCGAGGAUCGGCUGUAUGAUAACUCCAUUUGUUGCUAUGGUAAGUAAAAUGACCUUUCCUCGAAAGAGUAAGAAAAUAACUGAUGUCAUUGUUUUCAUUGGCAGUCGGUCAUCGACCACGCUGUUUUUGUAUGCCUCCCGUAUGUUUAUCAGCAUUGCUGACAUGUGCGGUUAUGUAUACACACCGGAGGUGUAUCCCACGAGUAUGCGCGGCAUCGGGUUGGGCGCAUGCUCAGGUGCGGCGAGGAUCGGCUGUAUGAUAACUCCAUUUGUUGCUAUGGUCCUCAUGCCACACUCCAUUCUCCUAUCCCUUGGGUUCUACAGCGCUUUUUCCGUUCUGGGCGUAGUCACUGUUCUUUUUCUCCCAAUCGAGACUAAGGGACGAGCAUUGCAGGACUAUUGACAUGAAUGCAUUUGGCAAAUGCAGCGACAAAAGGACGUAUCGACUUAACUUAACAACAGGCGUCACACAGUUUCA